UUCGUCAUGAGUUAUGUUUCUUUAUGCAUAUAGUUUACCAAGAUUUGUGCAAUAGUUUUUGAUAAAGUAGUUUUGUUUCAGUGUUAUUUGGGUCGUACUUUGAUUACUACAAUAAAUGGCAAGCGGAACUCAAAACUAAUCCAAAAAUGGAUGUCCUUAUUGUUCAGUAUGAAGAUCUAAAAAAGAACAGUUUACACGAGGUUCGCCGAAUACAGAAUUAUCUCGGUACCAAUCACUCAGAUGAGCGUUUACGAGAAGUUAUAAAUAGAUGUGCAAUCGAUUAUUUGAGAAAUGACGUUGAAAGUGGAAGGGUGGAGACACAUCUAAAAGAUGAUAAAGGAAAGUCGGUGCUUUAUAGGAAAGGUAUCAUUGGUGACUGGAAGAAUCAUUUUACAGUUGCACAAAACGAAGAGUUCGAGAAAAUUACAAAUGAGAAAAUGAAAGACAGUAUAUUUAACUAUAAAGCAUGGAACUGAUUGCAUUUGUAAUCUUCUAUGAACUAAAAGUUAAUUUUAAUAAUAAGCAUACACCAUGUUCAUUGUUAUUUUGAAGAAAAAAAGUUCUAAUCUCAAAAUGUAUAGUAAUAAUCAGAGUAACAUUAAUCCCGUCGUGUUAAUUAUUAAACAACAUGAAAUCUGAAGAUGACCUAUUCUCAAAACUACAGUUAUGUGUCCAUUAAAUUAAUGAUCGACAAGAUAAAAACUGAAUUUGGUUUAUUAUGUCCAAUAACCAAUCGUGCCUAUUUGUACCUUUGACAUUCAAUAGAUAAUAAAACUUUGUGUUGUAUGUGAAUCGCGAGAGGGUAUCUACGAUUUUAAGAGAGACUUGUGCAUCAUACGUUGUAUCACUGUGGCAGUUUAAAAUAUAUUUUAUUAGGCAAUUUAACAAUUAAGCAGUUUGUUAUAAAUUGUUUUACAAUAAGACGAACUCUUGCACUAUGAUACCACCAACUUAAUAAAGUAACUAAAUAUUUAGCAAUGAAAAAUGAUUUUUUAUCAAUGCUUUUGAAUAUCAAGGAUCAUAGAGGAUAACUUGAUAAUUCAACAUUGAGCGUGUAUAUCAGGAUAGCUAUUAAGACAGACUAAUACAUAAGUUAGAUUGUAUUCAUCAGACUGAGAAAUUUCCAUUAGAGAAGCCAAAUUAAUUAUAAUUAUUGUUUCUAUAAAGACUUUGAUAAUUUUUUCCGUUCAUGAAAGCUUUUGUUUGAAACAUUUAUGAGUAUUAAUAGAAUAUGUUUGUAUGUACAGUAACAUUUUUCUUGUAUCAUAGUUUGAAGACCUUUCUGUUGAAAAUGUGUCAGAGUUAAAUCGUAUACAUAUACAUGCACAGUGCGUUAACUGGAGUGCGGAUAUUAGUUACCCGCACUCCAGAGCAUGCCCAUUGAUUGGCUCAUUUUUGCUGGGGUUUACAUAUUGUGACGGCAGAGAAGGGAAAGCGACAGAAAUGUCAUAUUCAGAUGUUCGUUCAUUGGUUCAUUUUUGCCGGGGAAUAUAUUGUGGAACAGGGAACGUGCUUUUAUGUUUGACUAUGAUACAAAAGAGAAAGAACACCAAAACACUCGGCAAUCUGAUUAAUACAAUAUCCCUCGUACGCCCCCUCGUACAAAUCAGAUAGCCUCGUGUUUCGGUGCUCUUUCUAUUACUUAUAUAUCAUUUACUGGAAGAGAAAUUAUGCCCAUCUAAGAAUAUAUGAUAAGUGAAUUGAUGAAAAUAAAAAUAAUUAAUAUUCUGCCAUAAGUCAUUUUAAUCUUAUAAUUAAAAUCAUUCUAACGAUAGAAACCCACGUGGAUCAAGUAAAUUUCUAUAAAUACCUAUAACGUAUUAUUUAUCAAAGGGUGGGCAGUCUUUUUACAUUUCAGGCAGAUUUAUAUCUUAAAUUUCAACUGUUUCAACUCUUGGGCAAUCACCAUUAUUACAUUCAAUUUUUUUUAAUAAAUACUCAAUUAAGCUCGACUUCACAAUAGAAAAAACAUAGCAUGACUUCACAAUGAACCAUUGUUAAUAAGAGGAGCCAUAUAACUAUAAAUAUGUGUAGGUGAUCGCCCUUCUCUAUUGAUAUGCCUUUUGUCACGCAAUUUUUCACAGUCCUGAUACUCUGAGAUUUAUUUAGAUGCGGGCGUGAAGUUUAACAAAGCCAAAACAGGUUAGCAUUUGUUUUCCUAUGAUACAGUAUUUUGUAGUGUGUUGCAUAAAAUAAAUAUUACGAUGACUAUUUGCUUUAUUUUUUUUUUACUCUAAAAUAUUCAAAAUAACAAAGAAAGAAAA